UAUUGUAUCUUUACUCACCUCUUCUGCCUGAGUGAUCACCACCGCUGGGAUGCAGCCGCCUUGUUCCCCUGCCGCAUCAUUCCCACAAGCCUCAUCUGUGGUGGGGUCCUGGUUUGGGUUAAGUGGCCUAUCUGGGUCCACUAGGGCCUGCUCCUGGUCUGAUCCAAGCAGAUUCUCUUGGUCCUGUUUUGGGGUUGGAUUUUGAUCUGUGCAGUGUGGUAGAUCCAUUGCACCAGCUAGAUCAUGGUUUGAAUCCUGUGUUUGGUUCUGUUUCCCAGCUGAUACCAGAAUGGGGAUGUCAUGAGGGCUGCUGUGAUCUUGUGCAGGACCAAGAUAUACUGGAUCCUGGUUCACACCACUUAGCCUGUUUUCACCCUGGUCUGAGCUGUGAGCUGUGCAUUGCUCCAGGUCUACAUUACAUUGAUAGUCCAGGUUCCCUGGUGGAUCCUCAUCCUGGACUGAGACCUUUAGAGAAGGAUCCUGUUCUUCCGUUGUGCAUUUAUUGGAGCCUAGUGAACGAUCCUGGUCCUGGACUUGAUGGAAGUAAUUCUGACUUGCCUGGUCUUGUGCUGGUCCCUGGUUAAAACCAUGCAGUGUGUCCUCGUCUUGUGCUUCACCGUGGUCUAGACCAUGCAACCUCUCAUUGUCUUGUACUGGACCCUGGUUAAAAUCAUGCAGUGUUUCCUCAUCUUGCACUAAACCCUGGUCUAGACCUUGUGGUCUCUCCUCGUCUUGUGCUGGACCCUUGUCUAGACCCGGCAGUGUUUCCUCAUUUUGUGCUGGACCCUGGUCAAGACCCGGCAGUGUUUCCUUUUCUUGUGCUGGACCGUGGUCAAGACCUUGCAGUUUCAGUCUAUCCUGGUCUGGUGCUGAACUCUUGCCUAGACUAUUCCGCCAGUCUUGGAACUGUCUCGGUGUCAUGGGCUGUUGGUGAUGUUCUGAACGCCUUGACUCCCUGUCCAUGUCCUGCUGGGACUCCUGGAGCUGGGGUGACACUGAAGAACACUCUGUCAUAGGGCACGGAGUCACCUGCCAGCGGAGAGCAAUAUGAUAAAAUAGUUAAAACAUACCCGUAUACAAACAUGUGCGGCUGUGUGCACUGACACAAACACACGCAUGCGCAGACAUACACACACAUACACACAUUUGAAUACUAGGCUAAAAGCCUUGUUCUUGAAUACUGUGGAUAAUGGGAUAUCUAGUCUAUACCAACAAAGGUGUCAUGCCCAUAGGGGGCACGUGCCCCCUCAUAUUUGUCCUGUUUAAAAAAAUACAAUAAUAAUAAUAAUAACAUUGUGGUUACAUUUGUGUUGUUGUUUCUCUGUAAUAUUACUAGCCACCUAACAAUUUUAUGAAGUUGGCUUUAGCUAGCCCAGACAGGUUCCCAAUCUCCCAACCUCAUAGCUAGCUACCAAGAAGCCAUUUCAGGCUAUCAAUCAAGUUAGAGCAGCUAGCUUGUCUAACUAUCUUAGCUGGCAUGCCUGAUGGCAAGAUUGGUAGACUUUAGAAAAGCAAACACUUACUACAUUUACUGAAUUAGACUCUAAUUACUUUCAAUCUUUUACCCAGAUUUUAGCAGAGAUGCAGAGAAGCAUAUUUCGUUUCUUUAAAAAUAUAACCACCAGUCAGGAGGAUACAGACAGCUCAAGAGGUAUAACCAAGCCAGGGCCUGUUCACCCCGCUACCAUCUAGGUGGAGACAGUACAAAAUUUGAUAUGAUUUGAUAUGAAGAAAAUAAACAUAGUUUUAGAUAGAAUUGAGCGUAAUGAUUAUGGCCCUAGAUUGCAGGAAAAUAUGUUUGACAUGUUUGAAAAAUGCACGACGCCCCUGUAUACCAAGGCAGAAAUAUGUUCUCCAAUGAGGUGUCUUACUAUAUUAUAUCCCAGUUAUCUUUCCCUAGCUGGCACUGCUGUCAUCUUAACCAUUAGCCCUUACAGUGAAGUCCUUUCAUUAGCACAGAAACUGCCUAGACAUCUCCCAUGCUAAAAGGCCCAGUGCAGUCAAAAACGUGAUUUUCCUGUGUUUUAUAUAUAUUUCCACACUAUGAGGUUGGAAUAAUACAGUGAAAUUGUGAAAAUGAUGAUAAUGCCCUUGUAGUGUAAGAGCGGUUUGAAAAAAACGCCUGAAAUUUCAGCCUGUUUUGGUGGGUUGGAGUUUUGGCCAGCGGGUGGUAAAUUAGUUAAUAGAGCAACAAGAAAGAGAGUUCUAAACCUCUCUGCCAAUAACAACUAGUUUUCCCUUCCACAGUCAGAACACUCCCAGACAGUCCUAGCUAAAUUCUUGCUUGAGAAAUUGUUCUUUGCUAAGAAGCUAUUUUUGUUUCUUUUUUACUAUUUUGAGUAUUUUAAUAGUUCCCCAGAAAUGAUUUGAUAUUGAAAUAAAUACGGCUGCAUUGGACCUUUAAUAUAAAAAUCCCAAGGGUAGUAAUUAUGGUUGAGUGCAGCUAACAAGGAUUACAUUUGAUACUUCAACAACUAUUUUUAGAAAGGAAUGUAUUUUUCAAAUUAAUUAAACACACUGUCUUACAAGUAACCUCUUGUCAUUUGCCCUCCAGGCUAAGCUAAUUUGUAAAGAAUGGGGGGAAAUUAGAUUUUUCUUUCAUCUGCAGAAUUAUCUUUACAAAAGAAUCAGUACCACAGAGACUGUGGAGGAAUUAGAUGAUGAAUUACAAAUGUGAAUCUUCAACUUUGUCCUCAUGAGUUGUUUACAUACCUUUAAGGCUUAAAAUAAAUUACAUUUUAAUUCUAUAGCGUGUCCAGGUAAUUAAAAUGGUCAUACAAACAAACACAUGUUGGGUCACUAGCUGGUGUCAAGCUACCAGAUAGAAAACAACAGAAUAAAUACAUAAGGCUAUCAUAUCAUACGGUAUCAUCAAAUCAAAUUUGAUUCAUCACGUACACAAUUUAAAGCAGGUAUAAAAGGUGCAGUGAAAUGCUUGUGUGCUAGUUCCCUCAACAUUGCAGUACUAAACUCAGCAUAAAAAGAAACGUCCCUUUUUCAGGACCCUGUCUUUCAAAGAUAAUUUGUAAAAAUUCAAAUAACUUUCCCAUGCUUGUUCAAUGAACCAUAAACAAUUAAUGAACAUGCACCUGUGGAACGGUCAUUAAGACACUAACAGCUUACAGACGGUAGGCAAUUAAGGUCACAGUUAUGAAAACUAGGACACUAAAGAGGCCUUUUUAGUGACUCUGAAAAACACCAAAAGAAAGAUGCCCAGGGUCCCUGCUCAUCUGCGUGAACGUGCCUUAGACAUGCUGCAAGGAGGCAUGAGGUCUGCAGAUGUGGCCAGGGCAAUAAAUUACGAUGUCUGUACUGUGAGACGCCUAAGACAGCACUACAGGGAGACAGGACGGACAGCUGAUCGUCCUCGCAGUGGCAGACUGUCUGCAAUAGGCUGAGAGAGGCUGGACUGAGGGCUUGUAGGCCUGUUGUAAGGCAGGUCCUCACCAGACAUCACCGGCAACAACGUCGCCUAUGGGCACAAACCCACCAUCGCUGGACCAGACAGGACUGGCAAAAGGUGCUCUUCACUGAUGAGUCGCGGUUUUGUCUCACUGGGGGUGAUGGUCGGAUUUGCGUUUAUCGUCGAAGGAAUGAGCGUUACACCGAGGCCUGUACUCUGGAGCGGGAUUGAUUUGGAGGUGGAGGGUCCGUCAUGGUCUGGGGCAGUGUGUCACAGCAUCAUCGGACAGAGCAUGUUGUCAUUGCAGGCAAUCUCAACGCUGUGCGUUACAGGGAAGACAUCCUCCUCCCUCAUGUGGUACCCUUCCUGCAGGCUCAUCCUGACAUGACCCUCCAGCAUGACAAUGCCACCAGCCAUACUGCUCGUUCUGUGCGUGAUUUACUGCAAGACAGGAAUGUCAGUGUUCUGCCAUGGCCAGCGAAGAGCCCGGAUCUCAAUCCCAUUGAGCACGUCUGGGACCUGUUGGAUCGGAGGGUGAGGGUUAGGGCCAUUCCCCCCAGAAAUGUCCGGGAACUUGCAGGUGCCUUGGUGGAAGAGUGGGGUAACAUCUCACAGCAAGAACUGGCAAAUCUGGUGCAGUCCAUGAGGAGGAGAUGCACUGCAGUACUUAAUGUAGCUGGUGGCCACACCAGAUACUGACUAUUACUUUUGAUUUUGACCCCCCUUUGUUCAGGGACACAUUAUUCAAUUUCAAUUAUUCAUGUCUGUGGAACUUCUUCAGUUUAUGUCUCAGUUGUUGAAUCUUGUUAUGUUCAUACAAAUAUUUACACAUGUUAAGUUUGCUGAAAAUAAACGCAGUUGACAGUGAGAGGACGUUUCUUUUUUUGCUGAGUUUAUAAUCAAUAAUAAUUAUAAGUAAUACAAGAGGUAUCCACUGGGCAUAGACAUCAGUUCAACGUCUAGUUUUAAUUUACAUUUGGUUGAGUUUUCAACUAACGUGAAUUCAACGUUAAAUAAACAAAAUAUGUCACCAUGUAAUUUGAUUUCAGGUGAAAGAAAUACGAAAAUGCCCGUAAAUUGAAUACUUUUUGCAAAUCCAAAUCAGUUUUUCACGUUGAGUCAACAUGAUCAUAUUGAUAUUUUUGGUUGAAAUUACUUGGAAACAACGUUGAUUCAACCAGUUUUUGCCCAGUGGGUAAUAUGCAUAGUAAUAGCCUGAUAUGUAAACAAAAGUAUAUAUUUUUUCACUCUUUAUGCAAUGCUCACUGCAGAGAACACUGGAAGAAGAAUGAUCACAGUGAAUUAUUGUAAUGUUUGUUUAUGUGUCAAUUAAUCCCAUAAGGGAUGGGUUGCCAACUGGCGAUUUGACACCAACAAUGUUUUUCAUUCAUUCAUAUAUCUUUUUUUUAUUUAACCUUUUUUUCAACAGGGAAGACAUAAAUAAACAGCAUAAAUAUACUCAAUAUACCCAUAUUUGACACAAUAUGAAAAACUGAUUGGAUUUGCAAAAAGUAAUCAACUUAAGGGCCAAGAGUGCGCAAAACUGUCAUCAAGGCAAAGGGUGGCUACUUCGAAGAAUCUAAAUCUAAAAUAUAUUUUCAUUUGUUUAACACUUUUUUGGUUACUACAUGAUUCCAUGUGUUAUUUCAUAGUUUUGAUGUCUUCACUAUUAUUCUACAAUGUAGAAAAUACUAAAAAUAAAGAAAAACCCUUGAAUGAGUAGGUGUGUCCAAACUUUUGACUGGUACUGUAUAUAUACAGUGCAUUCUGAAAGUAUUCAGACCCCUUGACUUUUUCCACAUUUUGUUACGUUACAGCCUUAUUCUAAAAUGGAUUAAAUUGUUUUUCCCCCCUCGUCAAUCUACACACAAUACCCGAUAAUGACAAAGAAAAACAGGUUUUUAUAACUUUUUGUACAUUUAUUAAAUAUCAAAAACUGAAAUAUUACAUUUACAUCAUAAGUAGUCAGAGCCUUUACUCAGUACUAUGUUGAAGCACCUUUGGCAGCAAUUACAGCCUCGCGCCUUCUUGGGUAUGACGCUACAAGCUUGGCACACCUGUAUUUGGGGCGUUUCUCCCAUUCUUUUCUGCAGAUCCUCUCAAGCUCUGUCAGGUUGGACGGGGAGCGUCGCUGCACAGCUAUUUUCAGGUCUCUCCAGAGAUGUUCGAUUGGGUUGGUGUAGGAAGAGUCUUGGUGUUUCCAAACUUUUUCCAUUUAAGAAUGAUGGAGGCCACUGUGUUCUUGGGUUCCUUCAAUGCCACACACAGUUUUUUGGUACCCUUCCCCAGAUCUGUGCCUUGACACAAUCUUGUCUCAGAGCUCUACGGACAAUUCCUUUGACUGCAUGGCUUGGUUUUUGCACUGCCAACUGUGGGACCUUAUAUAGACAGGUGUGUGCCUUUCCAAAUCAUGCCAAAUCAAUUGAAUUUACUACAGGUGGACUCCAAUCAAGUUGUAGAAACAUCUCAAGGAUGAUCAAUGGGAACAGGAUGCACUUGAGCUCAAUUUCAAGUCUCAUAGCAAAGGGUCUGAAUACUUAUUAAGGUACUUCUGUUUAGUUUUUCAUAAAUGUGCAAAAAUGUCUAAAGACCUGUUUUCACUUUGUCAUUAUUGGGGUAUUGUGUGUAGAUUGAUUAGGAACUAUUUUUAUUUAAUCCGUUUUAUAAUAAGGCUGUAACGUAACAACAUUUUGAAAAAGUCAAGGGGUCUGAAUACUUUACGAAUGCACCGUACAUAAUAGUAUCAUCCACAUAUAGAUUAAGUUUACACGUUUUAACAGAUUGACCAAAGGUGUUUAUAUAAAUAGUGAAGAGAACAGGUCCCAAAAUCAACCCCCUUGGGUUACCUUUACAGUGAGGGAAAAAAGUAUUUGAUCCCCUGCUGAUUUUGUACGUUUGCCCACUAACAAAGAAAUUAUCAGUCUAUAAUUUUAAUGGUAGGUUUAUUUGAACAGUGAGAGACCAGAAUAACAACAACAAAAUCCAGAAAAAAACGCAUGUCCCAAAAAUGUUUAUAAAUUGAUUUGCCCUUUUUAAUGAGGGAAAUAAUUAUUUGACCCCCUCUCAAUCAAAAAUAAUUUCUGGCUCCCAGGUGUCUUUUAUACAGGUAACAGCUGAGAUUAGUCACGAGCAACAAGGGACCAAGGCGAGCGUUGAAAGUGACAUAUCUUUUAUUUAAAUACACGUCAAACAAUAACGAUAAUCCACGUACCCCACCGAAAUUCAAGAAACCACAACACCACGUGAAGACAAUAGUUAAAUGCUCCCGAGCCCCCGAUGUGCUCUGAUUGUGUCACUACCAACAUAGAAAUAUCAACAAGAUUCCACCCGCUCAACUUUUCCCCAAGCAGCGUGACAGUACCCCCCCCUAAAGCGCGAUCGCGCGCCAAACAACCACAACAGGGGAGGGACCGGGUGGGCACUCCGCCUCGGCGGCGGAUCCGGCUCUGGAUAUGACCCAGGCACGGGUUGUGCUGGACUGACGACGCACACCCCUGGCUUGAUGCGUGGAGGAGGAACGGGCCGGACCGGGCUGACGAAGCGCACCCCUGACUUUGUGCGAGGAGCAGGAAUGAGCCGGACCGGGCUGACGAUGCGCACCACUGACCUGGUGCGGGGAGCUUGGAUGGGCCGGACUGGGCUGGCGACGCGCACCACAGACUUGGUGCGGAGAGCAGGAACGGGCCGGACAGGGCUGACGAAACGCACCAUAGACUUGGUGCGGAGAGCAGGAAUGGGCCGGACCGGGCUGGCGACGCGCACCACAGACCUGGUGCGGAGAGCAGGAACGGGCAGAGCCGGGCUGACGAGACGCACCACAGACUUGAUGCGGGGAGCAGGAAUGGGCCGGACUGGGCUGGCGACGCGCACCACAGACCUGGUGCGGGGAGCAGGAACGGGCAGAGCCGGGCUGUCGACGCACACCGCAGGUUCGGUGCGGGGAGCAGGAAUGGGCCAGACUGGGCUGGCGACGCGCACCACAGACCUGGUGCGGGGAGCAGGAACGGGCCGUGCCGGACUGACGAAACGCACCAUAGACUUGGUGCGGAGAGCAGGCACGGGCCGUGCCGGACUGACGACGCACACCACUGGCUUGGUGCGGGAAGCUUGGAUGGGCCGGACUGUACUGGGGACACACACCACUGGCCCUACACCGGGAUCUGGAACGGGCCGGACCGGACUGGCAACACACGCCAGUACCUCUCGCCGUGCCUCUACUUCCUCCAUCCCCUCUUCGACCAGUGGCCCCCGUAACCCGGCGGCCUUCUCCGGCAACCCACUGGGCUGCUCUAUCGCGGCCUCCUGCUGGUCCGACGUCGUGAGCCCCCCCCUAAAAAUUUUCGGGGCGUCUCUCCUACCCGUGGACCAGGUCUCCAUGUCCCUCGCCAGCCUCUCGCCCUUCUGCCAUAAUGUCAAGCCCUUCUCUUCCUCACUCGGCUUGACCCAGUCCAGGAGGCGAAGGAGAUCUGUGAGGGAUCUCCCUGGCGAUGGCUCCUGGACACGCUGCUUGGUCAUAUCUUGGUGGUUUCUUCUGUCACGAUCGUCUAACAGAGUGGACCAAGGCGCAGCGUUGAAAGUGAACAUAUCCUUUUAUUUACAGAUCACACGAUCAAAACAAUAAACGAUAACGUGACGUCUACGGUUACACACGAACCGAAAUGAACAAGAAACCACAAACACCACGUGAAAGACAGAUAGUUAAAUAUGGCUCCCAAUCAGAGACACCCAGCAGACACUCGUUGCCUCUGAUUGGGAGUCACUCAGCCCAACAUAGAAAUAUCAAACAUAGAAUUUCACACCCUGGCUCAACAUAACAUUGUCCCCAGAGCCAGGGCGUGACAGAUUAGGAGCACACUCAUAAAGGGAGGGCUCCUAAUCUCAAUUUGUAACCUGUAUAAAAGACACCUAUCCACAGAAGCAAUCAAUCAAUCAGAUUCCAAACUCUCCACCAUGGCCAAGACCAAAGAGCUCUCCAAGGAUGUCAGGGGCAAGAUUGUAGACCUACACAAGGCUGGAAUGGGCUACAAGACCAUCGCCGAGCAGCUUGGUGAGAAGGUGACAACAGUUGCUGCGAUUAUUCGCAAAUGGAAGAAACACAAAAGCACUGUCAAUCUCCCUCGGCCUGGGGCUCCAUGCAAGAUCUCACCUCGUGGAGUUGCAAUGAUCAUGAGAAUGGUGAGGAAUCAGCCCAGAACUACACGGGAGGAUCUUGUCAAUGAUCUCAAGGCAGCUGGGACCAUAGUCACCAAGAAAACAAUUGGUAACACACUAUGCCGUGAAGGACUGAAAUCCUGCAGCGCCCGCAAGGUCCCCCUGCUCAAGAAAGCACAUAUACAGGGCCGUCUGAAGUUUGCCAAUGAACAUCUGAAUGAUUCAGAGGAGAACUGGGUGAAAGUGUUGUGGUCAUAUGAGACCAAAAUCGAGCUCUUUGGCAUCAACUCAACUCGCCGUGUUUGGAGGAGGAGGAAUGCUGCUUAUGACCCCAAGAACACCAUCCCCACCGUCAAACAUGGAGGUGGAAACAUUAUGCUUUGGGGGUGUUUUUCUGCUAAGGGGACAGGACAACUUCACCGCAUCAAAGCGACGAUGGACGGGGCCAUGUACCGUCAAAUCUUGGGUGAGAACCUCCUUCCCUCAGCCAGGGCAUUGAAAAUGGGUCGUGGAUGGGUAUUCCAGCAUGACAAUGACCCAAAACACACGGCCAAGGCAACAAAGGAGUGGCUCAAGAAGAAGCACAUUAAGGUCCUGGAGUGGCCUAGCCAGUCUCCAGACCUUAAUCCCAUUGAAAAUCUGUGGAGGGGGCUGAAGGUUCGAGUUGCCAAAUGUCAGCCUUGAAACCUUAAUGACUUGGAGAAGAUCUGCAAAGAGGAGUGGGACAAAAUCCCUCCUGAGAUGUGUGCAAACCUGGUGGCCAACUACAAGAAACAUCUGACCUCUGUGAUUGCCAAUAAGGGUUUUUCCACCAAGUACUAAGUCAUGUUUUGCAGAGGGGUCAAAUACUUAUUUCCCUCAUUAAAAUGCAAAUCAAUUUAUAAUAUUUUUGACAUGCGUUUUUCUGGAUUUUUUUGUUGUUAUUCUGUCUCUCACUGUUAAAAUAAACCUACCAUUAAAAUUAUAGACUGAUCAUGUCUUUGUCAGUGUGCAAACGUACAAAAUCAGCAGGGGAUCAAAUACUUUUUUCCCCUCACUGUAUCUGGUGUAAUUCUCCUGUCUUAUCUGGUGCCCUGUGUGAACUUAAGUAUACUCCCUCUAAUACUUUUUUCCCUCACUGUAUGUACUUCAAGAAAUUCAGACUUAAGCCCAUCAAUCACGAUGGCCUGAGUUCUGUCACUAAGAUAAUCAUGAAACCAUGAACAGGCUUCAGACCUCAGGCCUAUCGAGGACAACUUAUUCAAUAAAAUAGCAUGAUCAACAUUAUCAAAAGCUUGUGACAGGUCCACAAACAAAGCAGCACAUUUCAUUUGAGUGUAUAAAGCAUUGACAAGAUCAUUAACAACUAAAGUGGUUGCUGUAAUAGUGCUAUGCCCAGGCCUAAACCCUGAUUGGUUUACAUUCAAAUUACAUUUCUCAGAGAAAAAAUGGGCGAAGUUGUACAUUUACCAAGGACUCAUGAAUCUUAGCUAAACAAGGAGGCCUUGAAAUGGGGUGAUAAUUAUUAAGAUCACUACUAUCCCCGCCCUUAUGGAGUGGCAGCACAAGCUGAUUACCAUACUUUUUAAAUAUUUCCUGAUAACAAGGUUAAAUAAAAAAUGUGGGUUAUUGAGCCAACAAUGAUGGGAGCUGCACACUUAAGCAGACUGGGAUCCAAUUGGUCAGCCCCUGUGGAUUUCUUGUUGUCUAUUGUUAGCAAAGCAUCCAGGACUGAUUUUUCUGUAAAUAGCCUAAAACAAAAGCUUUGACUGUCAUUUCUCUGCUCAUUCAGCAAGGUUCCCCUAUCAGCAUCCAGCCCAAUAUCAUUGUGAAUAGGCUUAGAAGUUGUUUCAGAGAUAGCACACUGAAGUAAAAUGGUGAUUAAAUGCAUCAAUGAUGGCAUUUCUUCCUGUAAUGAGGCCAGUGUCUGAAUUAAUUUGUUGUGGCAGAGAGGAGGAAGUAGAACCCUUCAGGGAUUUGACAGUUUUCCUGAAUUUAGCCAGGUUUCCCAUUACAAUCCGAAAGAGCGGUUACAUAAAAAUCAGAUUUAGCCUUUCUGAUUUGUCUUACAAUGAUUCCUCAGUGGCUUCAAAGCUUGCCAGUCCGAGCCUAAGCCUGUGUUCCUGGCCUUGACCCAAGCAUCAUCUCUAUAAUUAAUGACUUCUGAUAAUUCCGAAGUGUACCAGGCAUAGAUCUACCUUUAACCCUUCAUUUUUGGAAGGGAGCAUGAUUAUCCACAAUAGUAUUGAAGACAUCUGCAAAAAUGCUCAAAGCUAAAUCAGGUUCAGGGAUAGCUUAAAUACAAUCAAGGUCACUAAAAUAAAGAUAAUGUAAAGAGUAUGUUCACUGAAGUUUUUAAAGUUCCUCUUUGUGAUGACUUGAGGCUUAGAUUUUUGUAUUCUCACAUCUCUAACACAAACAACUAGGCAAUGGUCACUAAUGUAUUGGGCAAAGACACCAGUAGAAACAUAUUUUUCUGGUGUAUUUGUUAAAAUAAGAUUAAUAAGAGUUGACUUUUAAGGAUCUUUAGGGUUGGGCCGUGUAGGCUUAGUCACCAGCUGGGUUAGGUUUAGAUCAUUACACAUGUCUUUUAGAUUGUCUGAAGCCUGCAUUCCCAAUCAUAAUGUAGGUCACCCAGGAUAAUAACUUCUGAUUUAAUAAAAGAAGACAACAAACUAGUUAACUUCUCGAGUGCACAAAUGUUAGCCGAGGGAGGACGGUAGACCCCUAUAACAGUUAUGGAUACAUCUUCCCCAGACAAAGCUUAAAGAUAGUAGCUAAAGGUUUUGGGCAAAGGAAAUUGAUUUCUGUAAAGAGACAAAUACAUUAUUUUUAAUAAGAAUGGCCACUCCACCACCACUACCCUGUCUGUCAGCUCUGAACACAUUCUAACCCUCAAUAUUAAUAUCAGAGUCCAGAAUGAGACCAGAUAUACAGUAUAGAUAAUGAAGGUGCAAUGUUAAGUAUGACUGUAUUAACAAACAUAAAGUGAGUAGUGUCUUGGUCACGCAGUAGAAUAAAUAGUAUAUACUAGAGCAGCAGUGUUGAAUGUGUGUGUGUGUGUGUUUAUGUGUGUAUGUGUGUGAGUCUGUGUGCAUGUGCAUGUGUGUGCUUGUGCGUGUGUGUGCUUGUGCGUGUGUGUGUGUGUGUUUUUAUGGGUGGUUAUGUGUGUGCUUUUGUGUACAGGUUGGAUGAAUGGAGAGUAAGUGCAAAUAGUCUAAGGUGCAGAAAGUCUCUAAGGUGCAGGUCUGUGCAGGGAGACAGAUAGGGUUAGCUGUUCAACAGUCUGAUGGCCUGGUGGUAGAAGCUGUCUCGGAGUCUGUUGGUCCAAGACCUGAUGCUCCGAUACUGCUUGCCAGAUGGUAAAAGAGUGAACAGUCCGUCGCUCGGGAGACUGGAGUCCUUGACGACCUUCCAGGCAUUCCUUAAACACCGGUGUAGAUGUCUUGUCAUAUCAUAGAGCUGCUGUUUAGAAAUAGAUCACCAGCAUACCACAUGCAUUAAUGGCCUCUAACUAAUAUGAUUCUCAUCCAUUCCACACCUACCAACAGUGCUUAUAAGAUGCAAGCCUACAUUAUGCUGCCCCUCCCCAACUGGAACCUAUCAGUACAGUGCAUUAGUGAGGGAUGCUUAAAGGCAUGAAAAUGCCAUCUCUAAUCUACCCAACCUAUCUGUAGUCUAUAAACUGAGAAACUGCAUAUGAUCCACAAACGAUCAUGCCCAACAACCGCACCAUUUCCCCCUGCGCACACACACACACCAUCAAUUGCACCAAUAAGGAGUGUGGUUAUGCUUAUGAUGUGCUUAGAGAGACUCCUUAAGGAGAAGUGUUUUCACAUUGUUCAGGCUUCAUAUACUCAAUCAAAAUUGGUUUAGUGAUUCAGGUUAUUGGCUUAUUUUCAAAUGAAAGGUACUCUUUCUUCAGGCUCGCUCUGGUAAUUUUGAGUGUCAUUGAAACGGGAAUAUUAUCCCAAUCUCUUUCCCAGGUGUAUUAAAAGUCUACUGUAAAUCAUGUUGCUGUUGUUUUUUUAAAUACUGUAUUUGAAAUGUUGUAAAUUCAAUUUAUUACUGCUAUCUGUCACAGAUAAAUGAAUGGGAGAACAGAUUAAUUUCAGAAUAUCAACACAGCAUUUGUAUCUUAAAGGCUCAGUGUAGUCAAAAACGUGAUUUUUCCCCCCUGUGUUUUGUAUAUAUUUCAACACUAUGAGGUUGGAAUAAUACUGUGAAAUUAUGAUAAUGCCCUUAAUGGUGUAAGAGCUGAUUGAAAAGACCGCCUGAAAUUUGGUGGGAUGGAGUUUUGGCCUGCCUGGUGACAUUAGUUAAUAGACCAAUAAGAAAGGGAGAACCUGGUAGGUUGGUGUGGCUGUCAUCUAAAGAAAACCAGAAACAUAUCAAGAUGUACUGUUGUUGCUUUUUCUCAUAAGACAAUGACAGAGACUGACCACACACCAUGGGCCAGUGUGAAAGUGAUGUCUUAAGCUACCCACUCUAAUUAUAGUAACAACAAAUAAGAUUAUCUCUAUCCAUGCACACAGGUCUAAGGCCAGACUAAGCAGAGCAGUUCAGGGUUGUGUUUACAAUAGAAGUUUAUAAUAGAAGCUUACAGUAAGCAUGGGCCAUAUCUAAACUUGUUUAAGCUAUGCUUUUAGGCAAAUAUAAUUACAAAUAUUUAUUAAAUUGUAUGUUACUUGUAUGGCUACCUGAGGUGAAAAACGUAUUUUUUCCCCUUUGGCAAACCAUUCCUCAGCACUCAAUAGCCAAAAGGUGAAUUAGGAUAGGACUAGGCUACUCACCUAUCUGCUCUUGUUUGAAAAAAAUGCCAGGUGUAGGCUAUGGUCCAGAGAAAUACUGUCACUUUCUGUUUCUUCUGAUGAUGGGUCGUAAAACGAUAUAUCGGGCUCCAUUGAUGACGAUGUGCAGCCUAUUCAUGGGCCUAUUGGCGACAGCGAGAAGCAUACCUGUGCAACUGAUAGCAGAAACGAUCUGUAGAGUAUGAGGAUUAUCUCAUUUCUGUUUUCUAGCCAGCUUUCAGCACAUCACGCAACUCACAGAUCGUAGAUCGGCCUAAUCGUCUACUGAGACGUUCCUGAGCUUGAAAAUGUGACGUCACUACCUACAGUGCCAACAUUCAGCACUUGGACAGUUCCCGGCAAGUAGUCUGUUUGUCCAUGCGACUAUUUAUUCUAUGCCUGAUAGGCUUUAUUGUUGGCAACUGUAUUCAGGGACAAUAAGUAUUAUUCACAAGCAUCUACUGCCAAUGCAAAUAACUUCUUAUUUGAAACCACAACAAACAAUUAAAUUAAACCAAUGGUAAGCAUGUACAAUUAUUCCUUUGUUUUUCAUUAGGAUAUCUGCUUUUACUUGAGUGUUUUUCAGUUUAUUUCUCUGGUAAAUAAAAUAUUUAGAUAUAUGCAAUUGUGAUAUAGCCUAUAUAUCUGCAAUUGUUACAACUGAAGAUACCAGUUUUCAGGUUAGGGACCCUGUCAGCAGUGCAGACAGCGAUCCCUCUCGGUUAACGAGGAGUGCAGUUGAUAAUAAGAUAAUCUAUAAUUGGGUUUAAAUUAUAUAGAUUGAUAUCAUUUUAUGUGUUAGGGUACAGAUAGCCUUCACAAUACUAGCCUAAUGAUUUGAUAAUAGUCUAAUUCGAUCUCAAUUAAAGCGUAACGUGUGUGUGUGUGUGUGUGUCUGUGUGUGUGUGUGUGUGUGUGUGUGUGUGCACGCGCGCGGGGGUGGAGCUGACAAUCAUGGAAUGAGGUUGCCUAUUCCUCCGCUGACUCUCCCAUUUCCAGAGCCUGGCAGGUUGGGCAUCGACAAAGCGUUCCGCUGGAAUGCUACAUGCAGACAACUUUCCCUGCCAAAUUGAUGUAGUAAACAACAACAAACCAACCAACGCAACAGUUCGCAAUGUUAUUGAAUGGAUUAAUUAUUUUUCAAAUGCGAACAUUGAGGGAAAGGAACUGAUUUCAGAUGUGAGUUUUCAUGCGCUUUUCUUUAGUGUGCAUCUAGGGUCGAAAGCGCACAAGUGGCCAUAAGUGGUUGACUUUAGGAAGUCACUCACCAUGGCCUAUCCUCAAGGCUUUCUCUUCCAACCGUCGGUGUCUCUGGCUCUCCAUUCCUGUCCCCCGUUCAGUUCCAGUGUGAUUUUAGGAGGACCAAGGACAGAGGACCUGGGCCGGUCGUCUUCAGGUUCAGCCUUCGCGCCCUACGCGGGCUCACCGGCGUUCAAUGGUUCAUCCCCUGGCUUCAAUUCCCACCUCCAGUAUCGCGGAGAGCAGAGGGCGGCACUGAACUCAUUUGUGGUGAGUGAAAACUGUACAGUUUAACAAUUAUGCACUGUUUGAUAUCGGAAUCAUUAUUGUAAAAAAAAAACGCCAUUCGUUUCUUUGAAAAGGCCUAUUUGUAUCCAGAUUUUGGAACAACUAAGUUGAAGUAUAGCCUUCUGAUACAAUGAGUGCACAAUUAAUAGAGGUUUAAUAAAACAUGUAUAAAAGCUUUUAAGUAAUUUAUAAUAAGAGAUUAUGCAAUGAUUAGUCACAAUUAUUUGCAAAACUUUACAAAAUAAAAUAUAUAAUAUUUUGUUAAAAUUGUCCAAUAUUGUAUCUGUCAUAAGUUGCAUAGCUUAUGUAUAGGCCUAUAAUAUAAAUACAUUUUGAACUCUGAAAAUAUGAUAAAUACAAUUGGAAAUUGAAGGUCUGGAAAUAAUCAAUGUCUUCCUUUAGGCUUUCCAGUCUUGUGAGGUCAAACUAUUGAAAUAAAUUCGUAUCUAUUGUUUUUCUAUUGACUUUCUAGGGCUCCGCGUAUGAUCCUUCAGCGGGCAUCGCUGGCUCUUUAGAAUAUCACCCGUUUGGUGUAGCAUUGGGCUAUCCAUAUGGAGAUCCUACAUACAGGAAAAAUGCUACAAGGGAUGCGACUGCCACUCUCAAAGCGUGGCUCAAUGAACACCGUAAAAAUCCCUACCCAACCAAGGGUGAGAAGAUCAUGCUGGCCAUCAUUACUAAGAUGACCCUUACCCAAGUGUCCACCUGGUUCGCAAACGCCAGAAGGCGGUUGAAGAAAGAGAAUAAAAUGACGUGGACCCCGAGGAAUAGAAGUGAGGAUGAGGAAGAAGAUGACAACAUUGACCUGGAGAAGAAUGACGAAGACGACGAGCCACUCAAGCCCACAGCAGAAAUUAGGUCGAAAAAUGAAGCAGGUAAGUUAAAGUCUCCUUUUUUCAUUAAGGUUUCCAUGCUGCAGUCGGCCUAAAAUGUGUUAUUUCAGGCAUUUCAUUGGUUUAAAAAGUAUUGGCCUAUUUUUAUGUAAUUCACUGCAUAGACUUACAACAUGUUGUUGCUUUCGUUAGACCUUGAAAGGGUGAUUAGACCUAAUCCUUGGAACGCUUUGGUCUAAUUUAUUCUAUCUUCUUGCAGUUGGACAGCAUCCAAAUCCAGUGGGAAUCCCCUGUGAGAAAUACAAAGAGGACAAUAGCGGCAAUGACAUGGAACCUGUCUUAACUGAUCCGGAUAUAAAGGACCACGGGGACAGGAGAGUGACCGAGAUGCCACCGCCCACCACCGCAGCAUCUCCCCAAAACGCGGACCUUGGAGCGGAGAGGGAUUCAGACUCCGCGGCCUCGGAAAGUCCACCUCCACCGAGGCGUAAUGACUCAGGCAACUCCAGCAAUGCCACAUCAGUGAUUCACUCCGCCGUUCCGGCCCAGAAACCUAAACUGUGGUCGCUCGCGGAGAUUGCAACUUCUUCGGAUAAAUGUAAAGGAUGUUGUGAUGCCUCUCAGACCAUGCCCGGACAAUUACGUACAGAGAUUCCGGGCCGUAGGCCUAUGUCAUCUCCAUUGCGAGACGCUCCUCAGAAUAUUUUCCCUCACAGCGCAGCCCUAUCCAGACAUGUCUAUUAUACGUCUCCCUUUUUCCAGGGUUACUCGAACUAUCAUGGCACUUUUGGAGACCUGCAGAGCCCCGGAUCCAACGUGGGGUCAGCGACACAUUUAAAUGGAUUACAUCAAACUAUGUUACACAGAGCCGAGGCUCUGUCAAGAGACAGCCAAGCCAGGAGUCAAACACAGAUAGAUAUUUGUAAAGACUUGAGAUUUGAAAUUAAGAAAGGUAUGACACAUGUC